UACAAAACUUUAUUAGCAAACACGAAACACGCCUCCCUCCUAGUACAGUAUCGCGACGCACUAUGUAUCUAAUCUCACCUGUUCACCUGCAAAUGCCGAGAUGCUUCACCGUUCAUUGUGGUCCCGGUUGGGAGCUCAGCUGCUUGUGAAGAGGAAACCGGUCUUCUUCUAUGCCUCGGCCACUCUCCCGCAGUCUAUUCAACCACUCAACUAUGAAACCAAACCCGGGAGGACUCACUCAAAUCGCUCUUUUCCUCGGAUAUUUUCGAGGACCUUCUUUUUAAACACUCAUCUCCAGCAGCAUGACCGCAGAAGAGAUGUUCUGCCUGCUUCAUGCGGGCUUAGCAGAAGUGGACAGACACGUUUCUAUUCACCCAGUCUUGUGAAAUCUGUUUUGAAAACAACUUUAAAACCAGCAGUGGUGCCUGGAAAAAAGGCUCCCAAAGGACCAAGAACAAAACAACCCUCUCGAGCCAAUCAGCCUGCCCUGAAUAACGACCAGGAUAUGAUGCAGUGUAUUGCCUAUGCAACAGCAGAUCAGUAUCAUUUGCCGACACUUUGCCACGACUUGAUAAGCCACGACUUCCACGAGUUAGAUUUACCAAGAGAUGCUUCAAACGUGCUGGUGAUAAGCACAGAUAAGACUUCUAAACCAGAAGACGAGGCUUUGAUGUUCUUCUUCAGGGAAGGCUCAGUGGUUUUCUGGAACGUUGAGGAGAAAACGAUGAAACAGGUGAUGAGAUUAUUGGAACGGCAUGAGAUCCAGCCUUAUGAAGUGGCAUUAGUUCAUUGGGAAAAUGAGGAGAUUAACUACGCUGUUGGAGAUGGCAACACAAAGCUUGAGCGCGGCAACAUCUUUCUGAGUGACCAGAUGGAUCAAGCUGAGGCUGUUCUGGAGAAAUUUGCUUUUUCAAAUGCCCUGUGUUUGUCAGUGAAGCUGGCUAUAUGGGAGGUGUCAUUAGACAGCUUUGUAGAGUCAAUUCAAUCUAUACCAGAGACGUUGAAGUCUGGCAAAAGAGUUAAGUUGUCCUCAGCAGAGGUCAUGAAGAAGAUAGGGGAGCUUUUUACGUUAAGACACUGUAUAAACCUCAGGUCUGACCUGCUCCUCACACCUGACUUCUACUGGGACAGAGAAAACCUGGAAAAGCUCUACGAUAAGACCUGCCAGUUUCUCAGCAUCAACCGCAGAGUCAACGUUGUAAAUGAGAAGCUUGAACAUUGUUCGCAGUUAACAGAUCUGAUGAGGAGCCACCUGAGUGAGAAGCACAGUCUGAGGUUGGAGUGGAUGAUCGUCAUACUCAUUACGAUAGAGGUCAUGUUUGAACUUGCAAAGAUGAUUUUCUAAACAGCUCCUGCAACAAUGCACACAUCUCUAAAAGGGAACUGAAAUGACAAAGACAGAAUGCU